AUGGCACCCAAGACCAAGCAGACGAAAAGAGACAUCACGAGCACGGGGAAAGAUAAGCAAGGAGCCAGAACCAAGAAUGGAGACAAAUCCAAAGGAAUAAGCAACAUGGAAAUGCUUGCCCAAGAGAGGAAAUUGUACUUGCAGAACGAAUACAAGAUUCUCACUGAACAUAUGAACACCUACACGAGAAUGCUGGAGCAUUAUCUGCAGGAAAAUAGGCUCCUAGAAAAGGAAGCCCAACAGAAUCAGGAAGACAGCAAUUUUUACCUCUCCUACAUAACAAAUCACAGUUGGAAGUGUGAGAAUCUGAUAAUAACUCUAAAUGACCAGUAUCACAUGAAUCUGUCUCAAGUCCGGAAGGAGCAAGAGAAGACCAUCUCCCGGUACACGGAAAAAGAGAAGGAGCUAAGGGACAAGCUGACGAGCUUGGAGACCAAGUGCGACCUUAUAAGCAAGGAGGUUGAAGACUUGCAGUCUGUCAAAGAUGAGCUGGAACAGAAGAAGAAGGUUAAAGCCCUGGAGAAGGAAUUGCUGGCCACAAAGGUGCAGCACGCGGACCAGGUGCACGAAGUCGAGAGGAAGUUUCUGCGGGCCAAGGCUGACUGCGAGACGGAAUUUCAGCAGAAGACCCAGGUUCUCACCAAGACGGCAGAAGCAGCAGCAGUACAAUCUCUAAUCCAGUACAUCAAGCAAGUGAAGGCGGAGAAUUGGCAUCUGCGCAGGGAAUUGCACAGCCUCGUCCAAUACUCGAAAAUCCUGAAGGAAACCGAACUUCAACUGAGAGACCAGCAGGAGCAGCUUCUUCGGGAGAACCAGUGCGUCCAGGACAUGGCUCACACGCGCCACUGGCUGUACCAGCCCGAGGCACGCGGUGCAAACGGUGAAACCUCCAGCUCUCACAGCCCAUUAACCUAA